CUGAGCAGCACCUGAAGGCAGCCACGCUAUUAGUUUAUUUAGCAUUCCAAAAUGACGGAUCCGACUACGUCUCCAGAGGACCACUGGAAAACAGACGGGGCUUUCAGCGACAAUGGCUUUGACACCAGUUUCUUCACUGAUACUGCCAGGAAAGGUAGCAUUGUGUCCAGGGCAAACAGUAUCGGCUCCACAAGUGCCUCUUCAGUUCCAAAUACAGAUGAUGAAGACAGCGACUACAGGCAUGAGACGUCGUACAAAGACUCUUACAAAGACCGAAGGAGACAAGCACACACACAAGCUGAGCAGAAGCGCAGAGAUGCAAUCAAGAAAGGCUAUGAUGACCUGCAGGGAAUUGUUCCAACCUGCCAACAGCAGUCCGAGUUUGCUGUCGGAGCACAAAAGAUCAGCAAGGCUACUAUCCUUCAGAAAACAAUCGACUACAUCCACUUUCUUCAUAAAGAAAAGAAGAAGCAAGAGGAGGAAGUUUCUGUCCUAAGGAAAGAAGUGAUGGCCUUGAAGAUCAUGAAAACGAACUAUGAGCACAUAGUGAAGGCCCACCAGAACAACCCACAGCAGGGAGAGGACCAGGUCUCUGACCAGGUCAAGUUCAACAUCUUCCAGAACAUCAUGGACUCGCUCUUCGUGUCUUUCAGUAAUUCUGUUUCAAUGAGCAGCUUCCAAGAACUGUCUGCCUGUGUUUUCAGCUGGAUCGAGGAACACUGCAAGCCACAGACGCUGCGGGAGUUUGUUGUCGGAGUGCUCCGGCAGCUCAAUGGCCAGCUUUAUUAGUUGAGGAGAAGCCUCUGGCUAACUUCCAGAAAUUGACUUUUAACUUGCUCUUGCCUCCCAGGAUGGAAUUAAAACUUCAAUCUGCCACAGUCCUCACACUGACUUCAGCUCAUCAGAGAUUCCUGGAUCGUUAUUAGAUUACCUCGUCAAACGCUAUGGGGAGAGAUGAAAGGUUGCCUUGGCUUGAGCAGUUAAGUAGGGAUGCCUUGUGACCUCUUUACUGUUGGGAAUUUACAUCUCUACAGCAUAUUUUUUGCUCCAUCUCAAACUUCUAAGGAACGCAGAGAAAACAAAUUUUUAAGCGAAACGUGGCGUGCAGAGAACAUCUAGUUAUAAUUUCAACAAAGCACAGAAAACGGAACGUAUGAAUGAAAAGCUUCCUGCAAAACAGCACAGGAAGUAGUGUCUUAUCAGGUCCUCCUCCCAAGUUUGCCUAGUUUCAUAAUCUAAAUGGUAACCAUAUAUAUAUAUA